AUGAGUGGUAUUAAACGAACUUACCUCGCUGAAGAAUGUUCAGCAACAACGAAUGAUAAUAAUUCGCCAAUAUUAGAUAAUAAUAUUCAGCCAUCAAGUCCAAUUGACUCACCACAAGCAAAAAAACUUCGUCGAUCGUCAUCACAUCAUACAACUGAAUCUGAAAACGACGAAGAAAACCACGAGGAACAAUAUGAACAAGAAAAUGGCAUAGCUAACGGUCAUUCGCCGGCCCAAUCCGAACGAUCGGACGAAGAAGACGACGACGACGACGAAGAAGAAGAUGACGAUGAAGACGAAGAAGCAACCGAAGCUGAGCCUGAAGGCUUUUCAGAUGACUCAAUUAUCCAUGUCAGUUUCGAUAAUGGCAAAGACGAUAUUUUUCGUUACGAUGGUUCAAUUCGUUUUCAUAUUGUUGCACCAUCGCGACCACAAUAUGGUCAACUAACAAGCGAUUCAUCGAUAAUACGUACUUUUGUCUGGACUUUAUUAGCAUUUUCCAAGCCGAAUUAUGACAAUUGUCAUAAUGAUGGAGGAACGUUUAGUUUAUUUCUUAAGUGUGAGCCAGAGAAACUUUCACCAGGAUGGUCCAUUUUCGCCAAAGCAGAAUUAACUCUUCUACACGCGACUGAUCCAAGUAAAAACUUCGUGAAAAAAAUCAACCAUUUGUUUAACGCACGAUCGAUUGAUUGGGGUUUUCAUCAAUUCAAAUCACUAAAAGAAAUCUAUAGUGAAUUCAUUCAUUGGCCUGAUAACACAAUUCGACUCGAAGCAAAAAUUCAUGCCGAUGCUCCGCGGAAUGUUGAAUGGGAUUCCAAAGGACAAACGGGUUUUGUUGGCUUGAGAAAUAUCGGUGCAACUUGUUAUAUGAACUCAUUUUUACAAACAAUCUAUUUCACAAAAAAACUACGAAAAGCUGUCUAUGCUUUGUCAACCGAUAGUGAUGAUCAGUUACAUAGCAUUCCACUUGCUUUACAAAAGUUAUUCUAUGAUUUACAGUUUACCGAUCGGCCAGUCAGUACGAAGAAGUUGACACGUUCAUUCGGAUGGGACAAACCAGACGAGUUUUGUCAACAUGAUAUUCAAGAAUUCUGUCGAGUGUUAUUGGAUAAACUAGAAUCGAAAAUGGAAGGCACAACAAUGGAAGGCAUCAUUCCAUCUCUAUUUCAAGGGCAAUACGUGCAAUACGUUCGAUGUACGAAAGUCGAUCAUGAAUCUCGAGUGAAACAGACAUUUUACGAUGUUCCAUUACAAGUACGAAAUAAUGCCAACAUUACGGAGAGUUUCCGGGAUUUUUGCAAGAGCGAAAUUUUAGCUGGAGAAAAUCUUUACGAUGCAGGCACUGUUCACGGUUUACAGGAAGCGGAAAAGGGUGUAAAAUUUCAAAAAUUUCCACCUGUUUUAUGUCUUCAUUUGCUACGUUUCGAAUAUGAUUAUAAUCUUUCUCAACACCGGAAGAUCAACGAUAGUUACUCAUUCGAUUAUCAUCUCGACCUAAGUGAAUUUCUCGAGAAUCCCGACUGUUCAUCAUCGUCCUACAAACUACUCUCCAUAUUAGUCCACAGUGGCGAUAAUUCCAGCGGACAUUAUGUUUCCUUCAUUAAUCCAGCCCUAGACGGACAAUGGUUUAAAUUCGAUGAUGAUGUCGUGGCACGCGUUGCAGCCAGCGAUGCCAUGGAAAGAAACUUCGGUGGAACACAAGAUGAUGAUGGUAGUAUGUAUAACACAUCGGCAUACAUGCUUGUUUACAUUCGUGAAGAUUGUCAAAAAGAUGUGCUAUGUGAUGUUAAUCAAGAAGAUAUCCCUGAAAAUCUAAUCACCAGAUUUGACUAUGACAAGAAGUAUCUGUUAAAACGUCGACAAGAUAUGAUGGAUAAUGAUGGAUUUGUUGAUGUACAGAUCAUCUUGACGGACGAUUUUCAUAUUCAACAAACUGUCUGUCUAACGGAAUUGAUUUGUGAAAAUCCGGUAGAGUUGCUACAGAAUAAACGUUGUCUACGAUAUAUUCAAGCUCAACAUUCAGAAUUAUUUCGAGUAUUUGCUAAACGAUUAGCAUAUGCAUUGGGAGUCAAUCUUGAUGAAGAUAUUCGUAUAUGGAUUGUUCACACCCAUGAAAUCCACGUCAACCAUCACCAUUAUCACUCACAACCCUUACUUACAACUGUGCUUGUUUAUUGUGAUGAUUAUGAUAAAAAGAUCAUCGAUCUGUUUGAAUACGACAUCUCCGAUCGACGAACUCUAUCCAUAUUUGUUGAACAAAAGAUCUUUCUUAAUAGUAUUUAUCAAUUAUUGCCAUUUGAUAAAGAUGAUGAUUUACUUGUCUUUGUUCGAUUUUAUAAUUCUCGAUACGAAUCUCUUUUGUAUAUUGGCCAUUUUCUUUUCUCUCAACAGCAGUCAUUUCAAAAAUGUUUAAACGACAUUGCUUUGCAAAUCAACACUCCGAUUUCACCAACGACAACUUUCAUUGUUCAUCAAGCUGUGCCAACACAUAAUCAAACACAUCAAUACGAAUUAAUCAAAGCUGCGAGUUAUGAUCUCGCGCUAAAUCAAGUUCUUGAUCCAUGUCUAUCAGGUGUAUCGUUGAUCGUUCAGAUUAUUGAUAUCAAUCAAACCAAUGAUGAUUAUCCAUUGACGACAGUGGAAGAUUAUUUUCGAAAUAUCGAAAAUCGACAGGAGUUCGAUGUUUGUAAUCGAGAUAGUCUACGAAAUGAGUGCUUAUUUAAACUUUAUCUCCCGAUGAAAACCACAAUUAAAGAAGUUAUUCGAUUAAUUGCAGAACGAAUCGAAUAUUCACAAGAACAAAUCAUCUUACAGAAACCUUCCAACUCCGCGUCAAUAUCAAAUAACAUAUCUUCUGCUAGUUCAUUGCAUAUAUCAACUGAUCAAACCCUACGUGAUCUUUAUUCGAACACACGUGGUUCAGUCAGCUCGCCACGAAAGAUCUUUUUCCGACGAUUACCCUUUGUCUAUAUGGAACUGGAACAGCGUCGGCCGCUUCGAAUAUUCGUCACAAAUCCAAUGAAAAAAGAUGAACAACGCGAAGUUCAACUCUAUGUAAAAAAAUCGUCAACAGUAGAAGAAUUUCUUAAUGAAGUCAAACAGUGGUUACCAACUAUCUGUUCCGAGAAUGGUAGUCAUCAAUUGAGAUUGAUUGAAGUAACAUUAUCCGGUCAAAUGAAUUCUCUUCCAUUUCAUCUUCAUAUAUGGUCCGAUCGAUCAUGCACAGAUGAACUUGAGAAUUGUUCCAAUCGGUAUUACCAUUUGGAAGAAGUCUCUCCCGAUGAGAUCGAUUUGGGUAAAGAUACGGAACUGAUACCUGUUGCACAUUAUACAAAAGAGAAUAUCAUUCAAAUAAAUCUUCAGAAAUUUUUUCCAUUUCUUCUCAAAGUAACGCAUAAUGAAUCCUUUGGUGAUGUAAAACAACGCUUACAAACAAAAAUGCGCCUUGUCAAUCGAGAAUUCGAAAAAUAUCGAUUUUCGAUAUUUAAUGGUAGCAAAGUGAUAUCACGAUGUGAUGAUAAUCUGGGGAAAAUCAAUGUCAAUGAACUGAAACUAGUACAAAGUACAUGUUGGCUUGGUUUAGAACUUCCGUCGACAUCGAAUCCUCGCAAAACUCGAAAGUCACUCUUUUCAGAAAAGCCCAUUCGAAUCAAUUAG